AUGCACGAUGCACCCAUACUCACUGACCACGCAUCGACGCCGUGGUGCAGUCGCGCGCACGCAUCGCCGAUGCAGCACAGUGCAUCGCGUGUGACCUCAGCCUUACAUUCUUUUCGUACACGUUUUCGGUUUUUGGGCGCCCAAAUGUUGAACCCAUUUUUCAACUUCACAUUGAAUUUCAAAUAUGUCUUUAUAAGCGUGUUAGUGUUUUUAUUGUGGACUAUUCCCAAUUUGUUGUUCCGCGAAGGUGGAUUGUGUUUUAGGACGGUGCAGCGAAAUAGGAAUAUGAGAAACCUAGACGUCCUAACCACCAGGCUGGCGACGCUUAUCCUACUUAACGCUGCUGGUGCUGGACUGGCGGCGCCAAGUGUUUUGGUCACCAGGCCCAUCUCCAAGGUCUCAGUGGAAUGGCUGCCAAUGGACAAUCAGACUUUGUAUAGGCUCGAGGAGGGGGAAAGUCGGAACCUGGAGCUAAACACGUCAUUGAUCUCUCAGAUGACGGUGUAUAUCACAGUGAGCCCGUGCUCAAGGCAUAUGCACUGGGCGUUUUAUCGAGGACCCCCUGACUCUGGUGACUCCAAACUUCAAGUAGUCCAAGAGCACGGAGGGGGGGAGAUGCACACCUUAUCAUUUUCAAUAUCUAAACGAGACAGAUAUGUUUUACAGCUGUCGUCGUCAAAAGGUGGUGCGGCUUCGGUGAGCGUACGUGGAGAAGCUACAAGACUCGUGCGCCUCCGUCUGCGUGUCCGCUCCAAACGGAGGCUCUCUGCCAACUGGGAUCCGAGCCCAAUAGAUCCCCAGACAACCACAUACUGCGUUGUUGCAUCUCACAGAAAGAACUACACGUCUCUCUGCGCAGCCCAACACGACGUCAGAUCGAAUCGAUGUGAUAAUAAACCGAAUCGAUUCAACUCGGCUGAGAAUCGAUCAAACGAGAGACUUCGUACAAAGCAAAAUCAAACUGACAAAAAUACCGGAUUCUCUAAUAGCAAUAAAAUAGAUGCAGAUAUUGACGGUUUUAAUAUAUACGAUGGAAAUUUCAAAAGUAUUUACAGGAGAAAGAAGUUCGGACGAAGUACGAGAGUAUCAAAUGAAGAUCCAGUUAUUGCAUGUGUCGGCGAGAGAACGCAUCAUCUGAUAGAUAAUCUGGAUCCAAGCACGACAUAUUUCGUAAGUAUUUUCGGCGUUGCAAGAGAUCGUAGAAUUGGUACUUUAUUAACGACGGGCAGUGUCCGACCUAGAACUUCAACAGCCAAGAAGCUAAAGGAAAACGUGCAACUCAAAGCGGAUAUAAAGGGAAAGAGCGUUUAUUACUUGAAGACGACUGUUGGUAGUGGAGGGGGUCUGUGGCUUGCAGCGUCGACUUGCGGAGGCUCCAUAGACAUAGACGUUUCUGUGAAAGGCAAACGAUUGUAUCUAACCAAAAAUAUUGAACCACAUCUAAAGUUCUUUAUACCAGCACCGAUAGCAAGCUCGUCAAUACAAGAGACUAGCGACGAAGGGUCUGUCCAAUUCGACUCGAGCUCCGAAGAAUCCAAAAUAAGAUAUGUGAUAAGGAUAUUGCCAAAUAAGUGGUACAGAGAUCUAGCAGUUACUGUUGAGCUCACGGCAUCAACAGCACGGUGGGGUGUCAGCACACCGGAAUUACCCGAAGAUGGAGGCAAAGUGUUGGAGUUAAGACCGAAGAGGUCUUGCAACUCUGUUGACAUUGCCUUUUUACCUGCUUCCCACAACGCUACUGAUGUUAUCAGAUAUUGCAUACUUACUCGUGAAAUAUUGAAUAAUGAUAAUUUCAUUUGUGCCUUAUCCAAGAAGUCCCCAAGUAAAAUGCCGUGUACAAGUCACUUGCAACGACCUCCAACCAGGGCUAUAAUCCAGAAAGUCACAGGUCUGAAACCGGGAAGGAAAUACGCUGUGCAAGUAACUGCUGCCUCAAAGGGGAGCUCGGUGCCAUACAAAGUCAUAUACGUAGAAACUAAUGUAUCUUGUAAAGAAGAGUAAUCAUUUUAUAAACUGCUGUAUCACUGGGAAAGGUACCAGAUAAAAAAAUGAUAUGAUAGUAACAAAAUUAAGCUUGUAAUAAUAAUUGAAACUUGGCUUUGACACACUGCCUUUUAAAAUAUCAAUUGACGAAAAUAUAAGACGUGUUUUCGUCAAUGGAUAUUUGCAACAUAGUUAAUUGCUACUU